CCCAACUGGAAAGAUGUCGAGGCUUGGAAUAAUAUACCUGCUCCUGCUAAAUGUGGUGCUUAACUCUGGCAAACCCAUUCCAGGGGGUGUCUAUGAUCCCGAGGAGGGUGCAGGUUAUGUGGAGGGAGAUAUGAUCCUGACGGAGGAGCAGCAAAGGAAUUUGGAACAAGGUGGUCCCAAGGCCCGCAAUGGCCUUAUCAACACGGAAAAGCGAUGGCCCGGCAAUGUGGUGAUCUACAAGAUAUCAGAUGACUUUGACACGGUGCACAAGAAUGCCAUCCAUACUGGAAUCGAAACCUUGGAACAGAAUACUUGUUUACGGUUUAGGGAAGCCACUGAUGAUGAUGCGGCCUACUUGACAGUUACAGCCAAAACUGGAGGUUGCUAUACAUCAGUGGGAUAUCAAGGAGCUCCUCAGGAAAUGAACCUGGAAAUUUACCCCUUAGGCGAAGGCUGUUUCCGGCCAGGAACAAUCCUGCAUGAGUUCAUGCACGCCCUGGGAUUCUAUCACCAACAAAGCUCGGCCAUUCGAGAUGGUUACAUAAACGUGGUCUAUGAUAACAUAGUGCCUGGUAAGGAGUUCAAUUUUGAGAAGUAUGCCGACACAGUUGUGACUGAUUUUGAAAUGGGCUAUGACUACGACAGCUGUCUGCAUUAUCGGCCUGGAGCCUUCUCUAUAAAUGGAGAAGAUACCAUAGUACCCUUGGAUCCAACUGCAGAAAUUGGACAACGAGUUGGCCUUAGUUCCAAGGAUAUAGAUAAGAUCAACAUAAUGUACAAGUGCCCCAUUCAGGUGUGAUUCAGAAUCGGGAAGACUGUGUACCUAGUCAAAUGUGAUAUAUAUACAUAUAUAUUUAUACUUUUCAGCCACCGACUGAAGCGAUUAGAUCGGUUUUAUUGAUCUAAGCUAUCAUUGUCAUUGCGGUCUGUACUAAUAUUAAACCAUCGUAAAUUAAAGCAAUACCCCUUUAUGA